AUUCCAUCUAUUAUAAAUUACUUUUAACUGGGACAUUCACUUUUGCCCUUUUUUUUUAAUUCCGAGAAGAGAAAUCACCGGAGAAAGACGAAAGGAAUUAUUCGAUCACCAUAUAGUGCCUUCAGUGAACUUGUUUAACAGAUCUCUUAUAUACUGACGACAUUUGUUUGUGGUGAAUUUACAUACUGCUAGCCUAAAUUUUCACUUCUGCUACCGGCUUGUCCACUAUUCCGUAUAAAUAAAGACGUGACACCGAAUCGAUGGCUUGUGUGAAAGUAUAUGCUGUCUUGGCAGGAAGUGCGGUGGAUCAGAUCACAGUGCACAGUGAGAUAAAUACAUUCCAGUGCUAGAUUUUUAAGUGCAAGAAAUAAUGCGAUUUAUACUGUUAUUUGUAAUAUUUGUCGCAGUGACAAUGGCAAUCACUAUUGAUAAUGAGUCAAACUUAACCGUACAUGUAGAAGAGCAAAAUUUGAAUAGUACAAGUGGAAUUGACAAUGAUAAAGGAUUUUGGGAAUGGUUGUUUGGUUCGGUGACACCAUAUCCACCAACGCUUAUAGAACCACAGCAACCAGAAAAAUGUUUAAAAUGCACCUGUGGUUUGACAAACAAAUAUAAUCGUAUUGUCGGAGGUGUCGAGACGCUUAUCAAUCAGUAUCCUUGGAUGGUCUUACUAAUGUAUAGAGGACAAUUUUAUUGUGGAGGUACAGUCAUAAAUUCGCGAUAUGUAUUAACGGCCGCUCAUUGUAUUGACAGAUUCGAUGCGAAUAAAUUGAGUGUCCGAAUAUUGGAACACGACUUGCACACAAUCAAUGAAAGCAAAAUACAAGACUUUCAAGUGGAAAAAACAAUCAAACAUAGUGGUUACUCGACUGUUAAUUAUAACAAUGAUAUUGCACUCCUUAAGCUAAAGACUCCUAUCAAGUUCGAAGGUUUAAUGCGACCCGCUUGUCUACCGGAACAAGUGAAAACCUUUGCCGGUAAAAAGGGUAUAGUGACUGGAUGGGGUGCCACCAAAGAAGGUGGAUCGGUAUCGCAUACUUUAUUGGAAGUCGUUGUUUCUAUUCUUACAAACACGGAAUGUCGCGCUACAAAGUAUCCACCACACAGGAUAACAGAUAACAUGAUGUGUGCGGGUUUCAAGGAGGGUGGCAAGGAUUCCUGUCAAGGGGAUAGUGGUGGUCCCUUGCAUGUGGAAGAAAAUAGUGUUCAUGAGGUAGUUGGAGUGGUAUCUUGGGGCGAAGGAUGUGCGCAACCCGGAUAUCCCGGGGUUUAUACUAGAGUAAAUCGAUUUCUUACAUGGAUUGCACACAACACGGCAGAUGGCUGCUAUUGUUAAUAUGCAAUUUUGAUAUAGACAUAUUUAUUUUA